AUGGAUGAUUUAGCCGGCCUCGACUGGUCCCAGCCCGCCAAAAAGCCCGCCACCGCCAGCACCCCCGCCGCCCUCCCACCGUUCCGCCAAAGCCCCACGCCCCAGCUCUCUGGCAGAUCAACCCCCCUCUCGACGCUUUCUGCACAGCCCUCCGGCCUGGGCGCAAGCCUCAGUGGCAACCAGCCCCUCAAAGCCCUCUCGAAGCCAGCAACCCCCGCCGGCGACAGCUUCGCGAGUCUCGUGUCCUCUAACAAGCCCAAAGACUCAACCAACAACCUUUCGCUACAGGAACGACAGAAGCAGAUACAAGCCGAGAAGGCGAGACAGGAAGCUGAAAAACAAAAGCAAUGGGAGACUGCGUUUGGAGGCGCCGAUUCCAAGCAUUGGGAUACGUUGGGAGGGAACAGCACACAAGGGCCUGCAAUAACUGCUGCCCCGCGCCUGUCAAACAACCCCUUCACCAACCAACGAUUAUCACAAACCAUCAACAAGCCAUUCGCCGGCUUGGACACCAGCUUGAGGCGGCCUGAGCCACCCUCGCCCGACGAAGCUGAUUUGUUAGCAGCCUUCAACUCGGCUGCUCCUGUAGACGCGUCAAGUCAUUUCCCCGUCCCUUCGCAAACCAGCGGUCGGAGCACGCCUGCAUACAGUGCCAACGUUUCUCGAGGCAACACCCCCUUGCCGCCACCCGCUGUCAGCAACAAUGCGCUCCUGGACGACGAUGACGACGUGUUUGGUCUCAAGCAAAUGGCCCAAAAAUCGGCUUCGCCUGCACACCCACCUCCGGCAAACGAUACCAACGACGACGACGAUAUACUAGGCCUGCUGGGUAAACCCGUCUCGGAGUUUCAGCACAAGGAGGAGCCUAAGCUGGCAGCCCGCGAGACAACGUCAGAAACCAGCCGCCGUCCUUCGCCAGGCCCCCAGAACGCGCACGACAAGGCCGUCGCCGAAUUGGUGGACAUGGGUUUUCCGGCAGAAAAGUCUGCAAUUGCAUUGGCUACUACAGAGUCUGGUCUAGACGUACAGGGUGCGGUAGGCUGGUUGCUGAACCAGGCACAUGCGGAGGCGAAGCAACACACACAAUCACAGAGCCGCGAUCGAUCACGUCACGAACACGAUGAUUUUGACGAUUCAUCAAGACGAGAAAGUAGCAGGCACAGCGGGCGGGCAUCGUCGAGAGAGCCUCGCGCAGGUGGAUCCAGGCCAGCUUGGAUGCAAGAUGAUGGAGGCCGAAGUCGGUCUAGUUCGCGCAGGCAAGAUGGUUACGGUCAAGAGAAGGAUGUUACGCAAAUGGCUUCGGAAAUUGGCAACAACCUAUUCAAGUCUGCAAAUUCUCUCUGGAAGACGGGCCGCAAGCAAGUGCAAAAGGCCAUGGCCGACUUUCAGCAAGAGAGUGAUCCCAACAUGCCGAAAUGGAUGCGUGAUGCCCAGGCAGCAGAAGCCGCCCCUCGCUCAGGUAGACAGCAAAGAACUGAUCAGGCCGCUACGGACGAGGCUAUGAUGCUGGAAGCUGGUGGUCGCCCCACCAGGUCUUCUCGGACGAACGAAAUGCGCCAACACGCGGAGCCGCUGCCAGUUCGACAAAGGCGAGAGCAAGAGGCUGAUCGAAGCGGCUACCCUGACCGCAUGUCUUCUCAAUCACCAUCUCAACGACAACAAGCCCCCAAAGUGGACAAGCGACCCGCAGCCCGAUUGACUCGUCAAGAGGUAGAAGAACAAAGUCCUCAGGCAUAUGUAAGCCCGGCACGUCGAAAAAAGGCCACCCCUCAACCGGAACAGCAAGUCGAUCUUUUCUCUUCAGAGCCUGCACCGCCGGCGCAGGCUUCACGCCAACCAACAUCGCCACAAUCCAAUAACCCCUUUUUCAAAGCAACCUCAAACGCAACAAGCCGACCUCCGGCACGCACACCAACACCGCCUAGACCCAAAGCUCCCCCACGACAGAUCCCUCAAGUCUCGUCUUUGGCUCUCACUUCAUCUUCGGCUGACCGGCAGAAAGGAUCAGAAGCGUUCAAGCGUGGAGACUACUCGGCUGCCCACGAUGCCUACUCGUCUGCGCUUACUCCCCUUCCACAGUCACAUCCCGUGACUAUCAUCGUGCUGUGCAACCGCGCAAUUACAAACAUCAAGGUCGGCGACCCGAAAGCAGCCAUUUCUGAUGCAGACGCCGCAUUGGCCAUUAUUGGAGCAUCCAAAGGUGAAGGCGAGAAGAUUGCUACGGGCGGUGCAGAAGGCGAAAAGGACAUGAAGGAAUUUUAUGGCAAAGCACUUAUGCGCAAGGCAGAAGCUCUUGAGAGCAUGGAGAAGUGGGCCGAAGCACACGUGGUAUGGAAAGAAGCUGUCCAAAACGGCGUGGGUGGUGCCGUUGCCAUUUCAGGUCGUAAUCGCUGUGAGAAGGCCGCAAAUGGCAGCAGCAAUAAACCUGCGGCAGCGAGUCGCCCACCUCCAGCUCGCAAGCCUGCAGCUCCUAAACCAUCUGCAAUGUCGGACCUCGGCGGUGCUUCUACAGCCGACUCGGAAGCCGUCAAACGUAUGAAAGCCGCCAACGCCGCUGCAGAACGUGCAGACGACGAGAAGUUUGCUCUUACAGACCAAGUCGAUGCCAAACUCAUUGCAUGGAAAGGUACAAAGGCGGACAAUUUGCGAGCCUUGCUUGGUAGUCUGGACAAGGUACUCUGGGAAGAUGCAGGCUGGAAGAAGGUCAACAUGGGUGAUCUGGUCAUGCCAAACAAGGUCAAGAUUAUCUACAUGAAGGCCAUUGCCAAGGUGCAUCCCGACAAGAUUUCUCAAGACGCAACCACCGAGCAGAAGAUGAUUAGUGCAGCUGUCUUUGCAACGCUCAAUGAGGCCUGGGACAAGUUCAAGGCGGAUAACAAUCUGUAGUCUGGAUGAACAUGAUGGCU